UAGUUAAUGGAGAUAAAUAAAUAGUCGUUUUUAAUCAUACAAAAAUUUUAGUAGAAAUUUCUUUUUGGGGUUUCGAAAGAAUAUUUUUUUAAUUUAAUCAGUUAACAGGGCAAAAUUUAUUGCAUAUAAAGAUGAGGGAAUGUAUUUCGAUUCAUGUUGGUCAAGCCGGUGUUCAAAUAGGAAAUUCAACAUGGGAACUAUAUUGUUUAGAGCACGGAAUUGCACCUAAUGGGACUUUAAUGAAAGGAGAAAAAUCAACGGCCGAUAAUUGUUACACAACUUUCUUCUCAGAAAUUGAAAGUGGUAAAAUGGUUCCAAGAGCAAUAAUGGUUGAUUUGGAACCCACUGUAAUCGAUGAAGUGCGAGUAGGAAGUUACAAACAAUUGUAUCAUCCAGAACAAAUGAUUACUGGAAAAGAAGAUGCGGCGAAUAAUUAUGCAAGAGGGCAUUAUAGUAUUGGAAAAGAAAUGAUUGGUUUUGUUAUGGAUCGAAUACACAAGCUAGCUGAACAAUGCAAUGGAUUACAAGGAUUUUUUGUUUUUCAUUCAUUCGGAGGAGGUACAGGAUCAGGAUUUUCGUCUUUAUUAAUGCAAAAGUUAAGUCAAGAUUUUGGGAAAAAAAGCAAAUUAGAAUUUGUAGUAUACCCUGCACCCCAGGUGUGCACUGCUGUAGUAGAACCCUACAAUGCUGUAUUAACGACUCAUACCACUAUCAAUCAUUCAGAUUGCGCAUUUAUGGUUGACAAUGAAGCAAUUUACGAUAUAUGCCGAAGAAAAUUAGGAAUCGAACGACCAGAUUAUACUAACUUAAAUCGAUUAAUUAGUCAAGUAGUAUCGUCAAUUACAGCGUCGUUACGUUUCGAUGGCGCUUUAAACGUUGAUUUAACAGAAUUUCAAACCAAUUUAGUUCCAUAUCCAAGAAUUCACUUCCCAUUAGCUUCUUACGCACCCGUUGUUUCGUCAGAUAAAGCAUAUCACGAAGGAAUGUCAGUGAGUGAAAUAACUGCUGAAUUAUUUGAGACAACAAAUCAAAUGGUAAAAUGUGAUCCAAGGCAAGGCAAAUACAUGGCAUGUUGUCUUUUAUACCGUGGUGAUGUUGUACCGAAAGAUGUAAAUGCUGCAAUUGCAUUCAUGAAAGCAAAAAGUAAUGUUCGAUUUGUUGAUUGGUGCCCGACAGGGUUUAAAGUAGGCAUUAAUUAUCAAGCACCAACAGUUGUACCUGGUGGGGAUUUAGCAAGAGUUCAACGUGCCGUUUGUAUGCUAUCAAAUACUACCGCAAUUGCGGCAGCCUGGAGCAAACUUAAUUAUAAAUUUGAUUUAAUGUAUGCUAAAAGAGCGUUCGUACAUUGGUAUGUUAGUGAAGGUAUGGAAGAAGGUGAAUUUCAAGAGGCUCGAGAGGAUUUGGGUACUUUAGAAAAAGAUUACGAAGAAGUAUCUUUAGAAUCAAAUAUUCCUGAGGGUCAGGCAGAUGGCGAUUAUUUUUCUCCAUAAAUGUUUAAAAAUUUUGUUCGUUUUUUAACUUCUGUAUUUUUGUGCCCUUUUUUUAAAAAAUUUCAUUUAGUGUUCUAUUUAUACAACGAAACAAGCUUUUUGUUAAAAAAAUCUGUAUUUAUUUUAAGUACAUUUAUACAUCAUAACGCAUAUACAAGAUAUAAUAAUAUAUUAAUCAUAAA